AUGAGCACAAAAAAUGAGGGGUCUGAAUAAUUUUAUUCGGAACUCACUGAUUAAGGUGAUGAUUCCAACAUACUAAUAAGCAACCAAGACCCAAUCACAUUGUAUAAUAAAGUAAACUUUGAAUCAUAAGUCUAGUUUAUCAAAGUGUAUAACUUAGAUGAUAAUAAAGUUAAUGGAAUAACUUUAAAUUACAUGACAUCAAGUAAAGUGGUUUAAUUCAUUCAUAACUAUUUAAGGAAUUAUUUGGGAAUAGGUGUCUUUUUAUUAAUUCUGAUUUUGCUUCCUUUUAUCAAUCUAUUAUUUUACAUCUUACUCUUUGUGGCUUGGGCUAAAUUAACAUAGAAUUACGCAAUAUUUCAAUAGAAUAUAGGUAAUAAUUAUAAACCAUUGACUAGGACAGGUCAUGGAUCCCUUUGCAAAUAUGAUUGAAAAUUAAGACCUUUGUGAAAUGAUGAAAAAGAAUUAUGUUAUCUUUGAUAUGGAGAUCAAGGAAAACGAAGGAUUACACUUCUCUACCAAGGUUAAGGAAAUGAUUAAAAAUAGAUCGAAUGGAAACAAUAAAAUUAAAUAUACCAUAUAUAAUUAAACAUUAAAGGAAUAAUUUUAUGGUUAUCCAAAUUCAAGAAUAACAUAUCUGAAAUGGAUUUUAGUCUCAACUCUAAUCGUAAUAACUCAAUUAACAUUAAUGAUCAUAUAUAUUUCUAAGAUUUGA